AUGAUACGGAGCAUCAGAACUCAGCCCUUCAUGAGAGCAGGAACAUUUCGACUGAUCGUCAACCAGCACCAUCAACUACAUCAAAUUCACAGACCAGCAUCACUCCUACAAGCCAGACCAUUCUAUUCAAAUAUACACCUGAGGGCCGCUCAAGAUGAAUCAGUCCAACCGAAUAACCAACUCGCCAUCAGCCGGUUUACUCGCGCCAGAUCGUUCUUGAAUAAGCAUAGUUAUCUCAAGGUGCUCGUUAUUGGUUUUGGCUCGAUCGGCGUGGUUACAGCAAGUUGCUUUGUAUGUCUCUUGGGCUUAUUGGCUUACGACGCAACCACCUAUUCGGAGAAGAAUAUUCAACCGUCACCCGUUCAGCCCCUAGCACUGAACCCAACCCGGGGAGGCCCCAAGAAUUUAAAGAUUGCUAAUUACUUAGUGGGAGAUCAAGAUGACGCGGAUUUCGAAAAGCUAUGUGAUAAACCAAAGUUAGUGAUCAUAGGAGGAGGAUGGGGUGCCAUGGGACUCAUCAACUCACUCGAGCCAGAUAGCUAUCACGUGGUCCUCAUUGCACCAGAGAAUUAUAACCUCUUCACACCUUUACUACCCUCAGCUACCGUAGGAACAGUCGAAACUCGAUCGCUGAUCGAGCCACUGAGGAGGCUGGUAGCACGUGUUAAGGGUCAUUAUUUACAAGCCCAUGCUAUCGACGUGGAUUUCGGAGAACGGUUAGUGGAAGUAAAAGGGCGAGAACCGGACGAUGAACCGUUCUAUGUUCCUUAUGAUAAGCUAGUGGUCUCCGUCGGUUCGGUCUCCAAUGCGCAUGGCGUGCCCGGUCUGAAGUAUUCUUCUCAGCUGAAAACGAUCGAUGACGUUCGCGAGAUCCGGCAGAAGAUCAUCAACAAUCUCGAGCGCGCUAGUUUGCCCAGUGUUAGCCAGGACGAGCGGAAACGUUUGCUUAGUUUCGUCGUUUGCGGGGGUGGGCCAACUGGCGUAGAGUUCGCUUCGGAGCUAUACGACAUGAUUCAUGAAGACGUAUUGAAAUACUUUCCCAAGUUAUUGAUCAAUGAAGUUUCCAUCCAUCUCAUCCAAUCCCGAGACCAUAUCUUAAACACCUACAGCGAAAAGAUUUCUCAGUAUGCUGAAAGCCGGUUCAUGAGGGCUGAGAUCGACACCAUUCUAAAUGCUCGGGUCAAAGAAAUCACCCCCACUUCAGUUAGCUACUCUACAAAAGCCGACAAGCAUAAACUGAAUACUAUCCCUGCUGGGUUCGUUCUUUGGUCAACUGGGAUCGCGAUGAACCCGUUGACACAAAAACUAGCCCAGUAUCUUCCCAAUCAAUACCAUAAACACGCUCUAGAAGUUGAUUCUCAUUUGAGAGUCAAAGGGGCCCCUCUUGGCACUGUUUACGCAAUCGGAGAUGCUUCCACCAUUGAAACUAACCUGGUCAAUCAUUUGUUGGACUUAGUCGAUCGCUGUGACACCAAUCAUGACGGUGAAAUAGACUUCGAUGAAUUUGAAUCAAUGAUCAAACAAAUCCGUAGGAAAUUCCCUACUGCUCAAGUUCACAUUGAGAAAGUCAGAGAUGUAUUUGAAAAAUACGAUUCAGACAAAGACAAUAAGUUAGGAUUGAACGAAUUAGUAGUCAUGUUCCAAGAGAUCUCGAACCGAUUAACAUCUUUGCCAGCCACUGCUCAAGUCGCAGAUCAGCAAGGCAAAUAUCUAGGAAAGAAGUUCAAUCGGUUUCAAUCCCCUAAAGCGUUAAAGUCAAUUGAUCAGAACGGGCUGGUGAACUCGGACUUGGACGAGAUCCUGUUUGACCCUUUCAUUUAUCGCCACCUCGGCAGUCUAGCUUAUAUCGGGAAUUCAGCUGUAUUCGACUUUGGUGACAAAUAUGGUAGCUUUGCUGGCGGAUUAAUAGCUGCGUACUUAUGGAGGUCGAUUUAUUGGUCUGAACAAGUCUCAACUCGGACUAGGGCUUUGAUCCUUUUGGAUUGGAUCAAAAGGGGCAUUUGGGGUAGAGAUAUCUCAAAGAUUUGA